GGUUCGAGCGCGACGCUUCCGGUCCGAGCGGUGACACGCAGACAGACAGACAGACAGACAGACAGAGCGCGCGCGGUAGUGAUGGCCCCCGGGUGCCGGUGGUUGUUGGUGGUGCUGGUGGUGUGUGUGCAGGUGUGCGGAGUCUCCGCGUUCAGCACGGCCUACAUUAACGUGUCGUUUAUCCCCCCGGACGGUAACCGGACACUGUGGCGGCGCGAGGAGAUGGGGCUGUACGGGAUCGAGUCUCCGACACACACCGUCAGCGGCGCCGUCUACCUGUCCGAGCCCGUCCACGCAUGCGCGAACGAUACGCAGUUCGAGCGGCCCGCGAGCUCCGCGCCCUGGAUAGCGCUCGUGCAGCGCGGCGGCGGGUGCACGUUCACGCACAAGAUCAACGCGGCGGCGCGCGCCGGAGCCUCAGCGGCGGUCAUCUACAACGACGGGACCGACAACCGGGUGAUCCAGAUGUCACAUCCGGGCACCACGAUCGUGUCGGUGAUGAUUGGGAACCUGCAUGGUGAGGAGCUGGUCCAGCUGCUGCAGAACGCCGCGUCAGUGUGGAUGACGAUAGAGGUGGGGCUUCAGCGCGGCAUGUGGAUGAGUCACUACUCCAUCUUAUUCAUCUCCAUCUCAUUCUUCAUCAUCACCACGGCAACCAUCUGCUACUUUAUCUUCUACUUUGCGCAGAGACUCAACAGCAUACGGCGCCGGAGCCAUAAACAGAAGCAGAUGAAGGCAAAAGCAAAGAAAGCGAUUGGUCAGCUGAAGAUUCGUACACUUAAACAAGGAGAUAAGGAGACCGGGCCAGAUGCUGACUCAUGCGCUGUGUGUAUCGAGGCUUAUAAACCAGGAGACGUUCUCACUGUCCUUACAUGCAAUCAUUUCUUCCAUAAGGCUUGUGUUGAGCCAUGGCUGAUGGAGCACAGGACCUGCCCCAUGUGCAAAUGUGACAUCCUCAAAACUCUUGGAGUAGAGACGGAUGUUGAGGAGCAGCACAUGCCGACGGUCACUUCUGAUGUGCGUUUCUUCCCCACACACACACACACACUUUCCGGGGCAAUCUCCAACUCACACCCCGACUCUGAGUCACACACACACAGCGACGCUGCCUCUUCUGGAUACGAAUCCCUGCAUGCAGCAGAGCAGGUUGGCCUUGCUGAAAACAUACACGAUGGUUCGGAGGCGGUGUGUGUGGAAGUGCCGCACUACGAUAACCCCGCCUUCGAGAAUGAAGCUCGCUCCUAGGAGAAAAGCAAAACACACAGUGACUGUAAACACACACACAUGCACAGACACGUUCACACGCACACACACACACACUUAUUCGGAUCCUUAUACAUGUACACUUCACAGUCACAGGUAUGACUUAAA